UCCGGUUCCCAGGCGGAGCUUUUGCUAAAGGCGCGGAGCACAAGGCGCUGAGGGCACAGAGUGAUCAGUACUACCCCGUAGAAGUCUGAGCUGAAGACUGCGCGUUCCCAGCCCACCCUCCAGCUUCCACUCGGUGCCGGCGUCCCAACCCCUGCCCAGCCCUCGCCCGGAGCAACCUGCGGCCAUGCAAUCCCGGGCUUGAGGUGGCCCCAUGGCAAAACCUGCGAUCCCAGCGACGACGGCGCAUGGAGAACUUCCGUAAGGUGCGCUCGGAGGAGGCGCCGGCGGGGGAAGGUGAUGAGGGUGGCAGUUCGAGCUCUGGCCCUUUCUCAGAUCUGGCGCCCGGCGCUGUACACAUGCGGGUCAAGGAGGGCAGUAAGAUCCGCAACCUGCUGGCCUUCGCCACCACCAGCAUGGCGCAGCCAGCCACGCGCGCCAUCGUCUUCAGCGGCUGCGGCCGGGCCACCACCAAGACCGUCACGUGCGCCGAGAUCCUCAAGCGCCGCCUGGCGGGCUUACACCAGGUCACGCGGCUGCGCUACCGGAGCGUGCGCGAGGUGUGGCAGAGCCUCCCGCCUGGGCCCACGCGGGGUCAGACACCUGGCGAUCCGGCCGCCAGUCUCAGUGUACUUAAGAAUGUACCGAGCCUCGCCAUACUACUUUCAAAGGACGCACUGGAUCCACGACAACUUGGCUACCAGCCUCCGAACCUCAGUCCUAGUCCUUCGUCCCCUCCUACGGUGUCGACGUUCAAGAGGAGCCUGGGUGACUCUGCUGCGGGAGAAGGCACUGCUAAGCGGUCUUUGCCUGAGCCAGAGCCUAAGAAUGAGGAGCAGACUGCCUGAGCACUCCUGGCCCUGAGCCAC